AUGAUCAACUCCGCGGUAGCGGCCUCCAUGGAGAAGGCUAUAGCCAAAUUAUGGGCCCAUAAUUCAGGCGAGGAUCCUGAUACUAAAGACCUGGAACGGUCUACAGGGGACCUGGUCUCAUCCAAGAGACAUUGGAAAGGUAGUGGCCCAGCCCCACGAAAAUCGAAGGGCAAGGCCCCAUUGAAAAGGAGUCGCCAGGCGGAACGCCAAGACCCUUCUACCCUCCCACUGUCAUCUUCUGAUGAGGAGGAGCAUAACCCACCUCCUGCACUAGAGUUUAUGGAUGAAUGGAAG